AUGAAACUUAAAUUAACGGACCUCUGUUUGACUCUUUAUAAGAUUUAUAAAGCUGCCAACAAAAUUUCUAAAGAAAAUAUAAUAACAAACCAAGAGAUAUUAGAAUUAAAGGAUUUCUUAUUUAAAGAGCUUCAUAAAUCGCUCAGAGAAAUUCAAUGCAAACAAGCAAAAACAAUAAUUCAAACUCAGGAGAAAACGAGGAAAUCUGAAAAAGUUGAUGCAAUUAAGGAUGGAUUUCGAGAACUUAACUUAUCAUUGCGUAAACUACUUAGUGAUAUCAUACAUCGUGCUAUUGAUAUUCUUGGAGAUAACAAUCUUGAUGAAAAAAAUUUUGCGGUAUUGCUACUGAGAUCAUGGGCAAAAGUCACUGCUACUCCAUAUUCAGAUAUAGAGUUUUGUAUUUUAGUUAAUGAUCCUGAUCCGAAAUUAAAAGAAGCUUUACGCCGGAUGGUAUAUAUAAUGAACUUUAUUGUAAUUAGCUUAGGACAAACUGCACUUCCUUUUAAUUUAUUCCAAGUAGAAAAUGAGACAAAUGGUAUCGAUUUUGAUGUUUUAAUCAAACCAGGCUUCCAAUUUGAUUUAGGAGGAAAGACACCACUCGGACGCUUUGAUAAAGAUUAUGAUUUAAUUCAAACCUCUCAACAUAUGGAUGACUACAUUGAUCUUAAUACAUUCGAUCGGGAUCCUUUACUAGUUGCUGAAUUAAUUGAUUAUUAUAAAGAAAUGAUUAAUAAAAAGUUACAUCAAAAAGAGACAGAUCAUUCAUCUUUCCAUAAAAGUGUGGCCAAAGUUUUGCUGUUAACUGGUACGAAAAACUUACAAGCAGAUUUAGACAAAUAUAAAAUUAAUGUUGAUAAAGUAAGUCACGAAGGGAGAUUAUUAAACAUUAAAACUGAAAUUUACAGAUUGCCAGAUAGAUUGAUUGAAGGUUUACGAAUAAUUUUUGCGACUUCUGGAAAUAUAUUAUGGGACAAAAUUUCAGGGUUACUAAAAAGUAAUAUUAUCAAUGAAAAAGGAGCUACAAACUUGGAAUUUAUGACGGAUGUAGCAUUACAAUCACGUCUUUUCACCUACGUUACAAAUGAUAGUCAAAGUGAAAAAUUUAGUAUCUGGGACACGAAAAUGACUCCAAAUAGUGCAGAAGUUGAAAAUUUUUUUGGUAUAGAUGAUAUUGCUAACUUGGUAAAGUUCUAUCAAAUUGCAAUACCACUUUAUCGAUUUGUACAAACCAGUAUUAAUACAGAAGAUAAAAAUAAAAUUAAUACAACUGAAACAUUUUUAGAUGAAAGUUUUAUGACAAAAGCAACCAUUUAUUUCCGAUUUAUGCUUUAUAGGGAAGCUGAGCUAUUACUGCUUGAAGCACAAAGAUCUGGAUUUAAAGAUCCACAAUUAGCCAACGAAUAUUAUGAAAAACAUAUAGAAAAUAAACCAAUGGAUGUAGAUGAUCUUUUCAAGUUAGGUUAUCUAAAAUUAUCCUUAGAAGACCAUAAAGGAGUCCUUGAAUUAUUUAACCGCAUACCAACUAAACUUGCGAUAAAUAAUCAAGCAAUAUCAAUGGAAUGUGUACAAGCUCAUUGUAAUAUUGCAAAUAUUGAAGGCUUAUUAGGAAAUAAGUCUUCUGAGCUAGCACACCUCGAAAAAGCUAAAGAAAUUGUUGAAUGUAUCCCUGAAAAACGUGAUCAUGUAAUGAUAGAUUUUUAUAUCAGUUUGCAAAAUGGUUUUCGGAAUAUUCAAAAGGCUCUUGAUUUUGCUAACAAUCUUUAUAAUAAGCAAGCGCAUGUUAAAUUAAUUGAUAUUUAUCAGCAAGCUGCAGAAAUUUCAGAACAAUUUAAUCAAUUAGAACAAGCUGUAGAAUAUAGAAAUUUGGUGAUCCAAGUAAUUAAUACUUUGUAUGUAAAUAAACCUGUAGGUCGAUUAUUGGAAUCUCAUAUUAGUCUUGCCAAUACUUAUCUACUCAUGGAAGAAAUGGAUGAUGCUGAAAGCAAUUAA